GUAAAUAAUAAUCUAAAUAAGCGUUUAGUUUAUUCACUUUUAACAACUUAAGUCUAAUUUUCUAAGUGACCAUUAACUGUGUUACAUAAUUUGUCAUUCAUUUUUCUGUUAUGAAUAGUUUAUUUAAAAUCUGAUACUUUCAGACUGUUGGCCUUUCAUUCCAAUACUUUUAGGUUAUGGAUCCUAUUUCUAGAAGGAAAGUUGGUUCUCUUCUGGAUGCUUUGGAAACCCUUACUAAUUGUUUCAACUUGAGAGAAUUGGAAGAUGAAAUCGUCGAAAUACUGUCACCUCAUAAAUCAGAGACGUCCAAAAAGAAAGAAUCGUUCUAUGAUGCUCCUUCCACAAGUAAAUAUGAUCCAGGCUUCUCCUUUGUUCGCCAUCAACAGAAUUCUAUUCCUGGCCUUUCAAUACCUGAAGAACCUACCGAAAAACCAACCGAAAAACUACCUGAUAGAAGCGGUUUUGGGGAUGGCAAAUUUGAAAAUCGAAUAAUGCCUGGAAUAAGUUUUGGAACUAAAGAAAAGACUGUAACUGAUGCCUUUAGAACUUAUGAAUUUAGAGGAAGAGGAGGAAGUUUUAAUACUCCAAGAAGAUUUGAAAAGUAUAAACCGUAUGUGAAAGAAGAGACCACAUCGAGUAGUUUAUCAUCUGAUAAUCGAAUACCAAAAUCUGAGACUGAUCCAUUUACCGAGCGCAAAGUUAGUUAUCCUAAUGAAAGAGAUCCAAGGUCUACUCCUAAACCUGAAGACACUGAAAGUAGACAUGACAGAAGUGUAGAUGAAUCUGACCGAAGUUACAGUCCUCAUAGGAGAGAUAGUUAUAAUUCUGGACAACAAAGGUAUUUUGAUAGAGGUGGAAUGAGCAGUAGUAAUAGAGGUUUUGACAAUCGAGGAAGAGGAGUUAGUAGUAGAGGUGGAUGGCAAGAUAACCGUGGUAGAGGGUUUGGUAGUAAUAGAGGUUAUGAUAACAGAGGUGAUGGACCAAGUGGCAGUAAUAGAGGUCAAGAUAAUCGAGGAAGACCAUUUAACACUUAUAGAGGGCCUGGCAAUCGAGGACAAGGAAAUGAUCAUCGUGGAGGUCGCCGAGGUCGUCGCCGAGGUAGAAUGAGCCUUGAGGAACAAGAAAGACAAACCAAGGAAAUGGACGAAAAAAAGGAUGAAGUAGCUAAAAAAAUCAGGGAAAGAUUGGGUCUACCUUAACCUGAAAACAAAUAGGCAAAAAACAGAAUCCAAGUUAGAUUUUAAGUAAGGUGUAAAUGUGAACUACGCCUGUUCAGUAGAACUGUUUCUUUCCUUUAAAACCAUCAUCAUCAUCUUAUUUCUCGCAUUUUAAGAUCGAAAGUUAUCCAACAUUAUUAAUCAUCACUAGUUGAUUCUCGUGGUAAUCUCAAUAAUCGAAAUCAUUUCAUCUAUACUUUCAACCGAGACGCUUUAUAUAUUAAUUGACAUCAAACCAACCACCAAACAACAAUACAACUCAUAAUUUAUUCGCUAACAUUAUAACUUCUCACAACGACAUCCAAACUCGAAUCAAACUUGGCCAAAGUCCAUAUUUAACCCAAAGUCAGAGUUAAAUUAAGUCUAACCUUCCAUCCUAAGUAAAUCACCUGGAUUAAUCACCGACUAAAGUGUAAAGACCGCCAUUUAUCAUCAGAAGCCGACAUAUUCAUCACAAAAAGAAACAUGAAUUUCCAGUCAAUUUGCCUGAUGAUUGCAAUGAUAAUCAAUUUAACUAUAGUCACUGCGACUUCAACAGUUGCCAUUAACACCAUUGUAAGUUAAAUCGUUUUGAUUUCUAACUGUAAUUUGUAUUUUUCGUGUUUUCUAAUUUAAAUCUAUAUCAAAAGUAGCCUCAACCCAAAUCAUUUUGUACAAAAUUAAGACUAAAUUUGAAAAUAACAAUAUAGAGAAUCUAUUCAACACAUCCAAACAAUUAGAAAACAGUUGCAAAUGUCCAAAAUACUGCAGUUAAAAAUCGCAUUAAAAUAAGUCUAGUCUUUUCCCUGCCAAAAUUCAAGCCUCAUUAAGUAAAAUUUUACCAUUUCUUUAA